AUGGGCAAGAAAUCACUUAAGAGAACCUCAGAAGCCUUGACUGAGAAGCCAACAACAUCACCAACACCAACACCAACAACUACUACGAAAACCAAGAAAAUCAAAUCAUCAAAUACGACCACGACGACCAGCAGUAAGAAGGUGGAAGAAGAUGAUGAGAUACUAACGAGCAAGGUCCCAUUCAUCAAACGAUCUCAAGUAGAACAGGCCAUCAAAGCGCUCAUCGACCAUUCCAACAAAUCAGUCGAAAAGAAUAUCGAGCAGGGCGAACUAUUUGCAGACCAGGUUGGCUCCAACGAGCGGUUCUUGAACCUCGUCAUCAGCUUGAAACGGAUCACUCCUAAACCUAAACACAAGCCGAUCAAGAUUACUCUCUCUCAUCCUCUCUAUGACCCCAGAGUCAGCCCGGUUUGUUUGAUCGUCAAAGAUCCUCAACGGGAAUAUAAAGACCUACUUGAGGAGAAAAAGAUCCACUUCAUCUCCAAGGUGAUAGGGAUUGAGAAGCUGAAAGGGAAACAUUCAUCGUAUGAAGCCCGGCGAUUAUUGUUGAACAAUCAUGCGUUAUUCCUAGCGGAUGACCGAGUGAUCGGGGUGUUACCGAAGCUGUUAGGGGUGAAGUUUUUCAAGACAAACAAGUUACCGAUAGCGGUAGACGUGACGAAUAAGGACGGAUUGAAGGGCGAGUUGGAACGGACGAUUGGGAACACGACGCUGCGGAUCGGCGGCGGGAGCUGUCUGACGAUCAAGGUCGCCGACCUUGCCCGCCAUUCCUCCGAGCAAAUCAAACUCAAUCUCGUCGACGUCCUCGGCCAAUUGGGCAAGAAAAUCCCCCUCGGUGGAUGGAAUAAUAUCCAGGCCGUCCAUCUUAAAACCGGCACUUCUACCAGCUUGCCCCUCUGGCUCGCUCCCCUCGACGACUCCGAAAACGGCAGGUUUAAUAUCCUACAUACCACUGAUGAAGAGGCUCGCAUUCAGGCGGCUCUGGAAAAAAUUGAGGAGAAAAGAGAGAAAAAGAAGAUCAAAAUCUCCAAUAAAUUAGACAAAAUCGUGCCCGUUUAAAUAAAAACACCUCCUCCAUUUUUUUCCCCUUUGAUGCCGUCAUUGAGUUUCUAUUUUUUUUCCCUUCUUCUUUUGUGAAAUUAUUCUUUUCCUUGCUUCUUCUCAUAAUCUUCUAUCAUCCUUUGAUUUGGUCAGAAUUUUCUCUUGAUUUUCAUCAAAAUGUUUACCUUUUUGCUUUGUGAGAUGAAAUCUCUAAAAUAUAUGAUGACUGCAACCAAAUGAGAACAAAGGGAAUCAAUAACAAUACCGACAUGUGUGUUCACUGGGUAACUGAUAGCCAUGUGGAGUUUUGCCCAGGAAUUUAGGCUUUCACUAUCUGCUUGAAUUGCAAAUCCAGGUCCUGAGCAAACGCACAAUUGUGUGAUUUUAUAGAACAACUAAGCCAGGCUAUGUUGAGGUGCCAAAGGACAAGCAUUUCCGAAUGACAUGUGUAUCCUACCAGGAUAACUUGUAUCUGUUGGUCAGUGAAGGUAAGGGUUGUUUCUUC